CUCCCACCCUCUGCUCAGCUUUGGGUAUAAAUUCCUCUGUUCACAAAGGGAGUGAGUAUCCAGCAGCCCUUUGCCAGUGGUCUGUGUGAUCUGUGUGAAGCUUCUAUCCCUGCAGCCAUGAGUUACUCUCGCUCUGUGUAUUCCUCAAACUCCAUAGUGGGAGGUAGUAGUUAUCGCCCCUUGAGCUCUGCUCCCAGGUAUGUACCGGGUAGCAGCUCUGCUAGUGUCCAUGCUGGGGCAGGGGGCUCAGGGGCCCGCAUCUCAGUGUCCAGGGUAUCUACUGUGGGCUCUGGGGUUGGCGGUGGCUUUGGAGGUGGCUUCAAUGCAUCAUCUGGAGGAAGCCUGAUUGGAGGGGUCCAGAAUGAGAAGGAGACCAUGCAAUGCCUGAAUGACCGACUGGCAUCCUACCUGGACAGGGUACGCAGCCUAGAAGCUGCCAAUGAGAAACUGGAGCUGCAAAUUCGCCAGCACUUGGAGAAGAAGGGACCAACCAAGGACUGGAGUCCAUACUUUCAAAUGUUGGAAGACCUGCGGAAACAGGUAAGACCACUUGGGCUACAAUUCUAUAAGAUUUUUGUAAAAAUACAGUUAUUAAUUGAAAUUAUUGUCUAGGAGGAUGCAACAGUGCUUUAGCUUUAUUCUGUAUACAUAGACAAGCGGUGCUUAGCACCUAUCACAUCUCACUGCUACUCCCCUUGUUGACUUGGCAGCUUCAUAAUCCAACAGGUGUUGUGCUGAGCAUAGGAGAGAGCCAAAGGAAUAGGAUGUGGGCAGGAUGAGGUUAAUCAUGUCCUGUUACUGACAGUCUAAGCUUUUGCGAAUUAUGAUUACUCGUUAUAAAUCCACACAGAGCUCGAAAAACAUUUUUCACCACUUUAGUUUUAAAAAAAUCAUGUAUUAACUUCCACAGUUAAUCGCUUGCAGACAAUUCAAUAAUUUACCAAUAUCGUGCUCCUAACCAGUUUUCCAUUACAUUUCACUGACAGCGUUUAUAUUUUCUGCUGUGCACUAGUUGCAUGGAUUCCAAAGUAUUAUUCAAAGUCUUUAUUUCUAAAGCAUUCAAAGUGUUUACACAGUGUUCGUUUUGUGCCCAUUCUGACAGUACAUUUUAUUUUUCCUCCCGUCUCUAGGUAUUUGACAGUACCGUAGAUAAUUCCCAGUUAGUUUUGCAGAUUGACAAUGCUCGUCUGGCUGCAGAUGACUUCAGAGUUAAGUAAGUAUUGAUCCUUCUUUUAGUGUGUUGCUGUAAAAAAAUUGAGGAAGUCAGUAACUUUCAGAAUUUUAUUGUUUUGUUAAGGUGGGAUGGAUCAUAACUCUUUUUUUCGUCUAAAUAGGUUUGAAUCAGAGUUGGCUAUUCGUCUGUCGGUGGAAGCAGAUAUCAAUGGACUACGUAAAGUUAUAGAUGAUACUAACGUUACCAGGCUCAAUCUUGAAAAUGAGAUUGAAUCUCUGAAGGAGGAGCUUAUUUUCCUGAAGAAGAAUCACCAGGAUGUAAGUUAACCUGGGAAACAGGAUAUGGAGGAGGGUUGGAUCAAAAGAUUUUGUGAAGAGAUUUCAGGUCCUUAUAAAUGAUAUAUUCAUAAGAUGGCAAGAGAGUGUGAAUCAUUGUAUAAAUAUUAACAUUUUAAACACUCAUUUAUACUGGUAGAAGCUGGGAUUAUAAACUACACAAUCGUAACUACCAGAUGUCCCAUCCAUAUCAGAUGAUGUCAACAUUUUGAGUAAUUUCUAGUUCAUUGGCUGCUUUGUACAGCAAUCAGCAUCAGAGAAAAAUUAGAUAUUUAUUUUUAUCAUAGUUCCUAAAUUCUGCAUCUACAAAAUAUAAAGGGGACAGCACAUUAUAUAUUUUUUAAAUGUUUUCUAUUUAAAACAUUAAACAACUAUCGCAAUCACUUGAAGAGUAAAGUCAUUGUGUAAUAUUGUAUGUGAAACUUAAUGUAACUAUGUCGUCCCUUUGCAGGAUGUGGAUGCUCUUCAAGCUCAGAUUGCUGGUUCUGCGGUAACUGUUGAAGUAGACGCCCCCAACACUCAAGACCUUGGCAAAGUUAUGGCAGAAAUCCGGGCACAGUAUGACGGACUCGCCCAAAAGAACCGCGAAGAUGCAGAGAAGUGGUACCAGUCAAAGGUGAGUUAAACUCUGGCGUGCAAUUCCCUAAAAAUAUAUAUAUAGAUAUGUUUAACUAGUACUUGACAAAAAAUAUGGUAAUAUUUGAGCUAUUCCUAAUCAGUAAAUUUAUUAUGCAACAUGUUUAUAAUGCCUUUGACGUCCUCCCUUUGCCAGGUGGAAGAACACACUAUGCAGAUCACACACGACACACAAGAACUUCAGUCUGCAAAGAGUUCAGUAACGGAACUAAGACGAACCUUACAGUCCCUGGAAAUAGAAUUAGAUGCUCUGCGCAACCAGGUAAGAACACCUAUAAUGGCAGGAAGCCAUAAACUUGUGUUUAUAGUGCCAUGUACAACUUAUAGAAAAUAUGUUAAAACAUAUGCUUAAUGGCUUUCUCUGACCCAACAGAAAGCUAACCUUGAAGGUACCUUACACGAAACAGAAAAUCGGUAUGCAAUGGAGCUAGAAAUGCUUGGCGGAAAUGUACAGGCAUUUGAGACAGAGCUGGGACAAGUCCGCAGUGACUGUCAGAGACAACAACAGGACUACCAGUCUCUUCUAAACACCAAAAUGAAGCUGGAGGCUGAAAUCCACACAUACAGACGUCUUCUCGAAGGAGAUGACUUUGAGUAAGUUUCUUUGCAGGAAAAAAUAUAUAUUGUGUUCAUGUCUGUUGUGGUGUCUUGAUAAAGCCCUUUAAUGCACACUUUGUACACAGGAAGACAUCCACAAUUUAAGGGUGUUUGGAAAAUGGUACAAGAAGUUUAGCUCUUUUAAAUGAGGGGUAUCCUAUUCUGGUAAGGUCAUCAGUGAAUAGUGGGAUGGGAACAAACCAUUGGAUGGAUGGUUUGGUAGAGCUUUGCAGGCUUAAGGCCUUAGGUUUAAAUGAAUAGUGGUAACCUAUCAAUUCUCAGUAGCUCCCUAUUAAAAUUUGUGCUCCAGUCAGUUAUGUUAAAAUGUUCCUCUCUUUGCAGCCUUCAAGACGCAGUCUCUGCAUCAACAACACAAACUGUCAAGAAAGUGAUCACAACCACACAGAAAAUCAUUGAUGGAAAAGUUGUGUCAGAAAACAACGACACACGUGUUAUCUCAUCUUAACUCAAAAUGUUAUGACAGUUAACUUCCAAAUUAAAUAAAGGUCCAUGAUUUCAAUGUUAUGA